AUGGAUGUCAGGUGGAUACAAGGGUUCACUAAUAAAGACGUUCGGUUUGUGGACAAAAAUACCAUUGGAUUCCCCUGUGGGAAUUUCAUUUACUUUUUUGAUUUAAAUACGAGACAACAAACUUCCCUCCGGGGCCCGGGCAGAGGCGUGAGUGCAUUCACCGCAAAUGGAAACAGUGGAAUAUUUGCAUUUUCUCCCCGUGGCCUGAACCAGUCUAUAUUUGUGCACAGUCAUCCUACAUUAGAAUUAAAGAGUGAACUUAAAGGAACAUCCAAGCUAGAUUUCAUCACUUUGGAUUUAGGCAACGAUGGCCCAUACCUCGUGAGCUGCUCGUCUCUUCCAGACUUCAUCAUAACUGUCUGGAAUUGGGAAAGUGCAACACCACUUUGUCAACAAGAACAUGGUGGGAACAUUACAUACAAUACUUUAGUGUUCAACCCCUGGAACUGGCUCCAAAUGUGUGCCAUGGAUGAAGCCUCCCUCAUUGUUUGGAACAUUGAGAGGAAUCGUAGAGUCCAUGUUCUCAAACCACGCCUGAUAGAGCUUCCAGAUGUGGAUGGUGCCAUUGUAAAGAGGUAUGUACUGAGCUCGCACCGCGUCAGUAAAAAGCUAUCCUACUUUGGACCUGAGAUGCCUCCAUCAGCGAUCGCAGGACUCAAAGGACACAAGGCAGAGAGCAUUGUGAACAAGCUUUUCAGAAAGGCCAGAGUGACUCCUGUCGCCAUGUGCUGGACCGUCACAUCGCAGCUGUAUGUGGGCUGUAAAGAAGGCUUUCUGCUGCUUAUUGAUCCAGUGCUCCUCUCCGUCUCCAUUGUCUUCAAUCCCAAAAUACCUAACGGUUUCCCUGAGCUCACACAUGGUUUUCAAGCUCUCGCUUUUCACAAAGAUCACCUCAUUGCAGUAGGAGAAGAUAGAGUGUGUCGAAAGUUGCUGGUAAAGGAAAAGCAGAUUCAAAUCAUAAAGACGUGGGAAUUAGCAUGUCCGAUUACAACUGCUCUUUACUCACCCAACUAUGAAAUGCUACUAUGUGCCUCAGAUAUGGGUCAAAUAUUCACUUUAAAUCCUCACUCUUCAAAGAAUGUGACAAAAGUUCUGGAUGAUUUGUGUGGGGACUUUGUGGCUCUAGCUUUCUCGCCCACUGAUCCGAACAUAUGUGUGACUGUGAGAGCUCCAGGACAGCUGCAGGUGUGGUCGAUUGAUGGCAUAAUGCUCAGUGCUUUGUCUAUGCAAGCAAAGAUAACAAGCCUGGCUUGCUGUCCUGUCGCAAAAUAUGUGGCUUUGGGAACAGCUUGUGGAAAAGUUCUCUUUGUUGACGUCAGAGAUCCGCUGCAGCCUCGUACAGUGCACCAAACUCCUCUCUAUCACACGCCUGUGCAGCAUUUAGUGUUUGAUCCACAUGGUAACUACUUAUUCACAAGUGCACAAGAUUCCUACGUCUAUGUUAUUGAUCCCAGACCAUCAUCACAAUUUGCUGUCUUGGGAUGCACAGUGUUACCGAGCCCAUCUUUGACCCUGUCUGCUCAGUACAUAAAGGAAACUGGACAGGUGAAAGUUCUUGCACUAUGUGCCGACUCAAACAAAACUCACAGCAAACGGCUGACACUGCUGUCUUUACCUGCAAAGACCAUCACUGAGAUUCCCAAUAGUGUGGACCGAAAUGGUUAUCUUUCAAAGACUGUCCUAAAUCGUUACAAGCUUCCUCAGGACUCAACCUCCUCUGACAGUGAACAGAGCACUCGGCUCACCCCAACCUGUUGGGUAAAGGAUUAUUGUAUGGGAUCCUGUUUCCUGGCGCUCUCUCCUCACAAGUCUUGGCUCGCCUCUUUGAGCCCAAUUGGUAUUCUGAGAGUCAGGAAAUGUGCCUCAUUGGCCACAUGCGUUAAGAUACAGUGCCAUUCCCUGUGCUUUUCUGGAGUUCCACUUUUGUCUAUCUCCGCAAACAGUCUAAAUAUUCUCAGUGCGAAUAACAAUGAUGGCUCUCUCGUGUGCACUAAUGUGAAAAUAGAAGAAGGUUCCAAUCCUCAGCCUAUGUCAUUACAGAGCAAUUUACAGAUCCAAGUCACGACUGAAAACAAAGUCCUUGGUGAUAUGAUGGAGUGGAGUGAACAGGGCGGUGGAAGUUCGGCAACAACAAAUGCGAAAGAAAAAGAGGAAGAUGACAAAAGCCAUUCACAAAAGACUUGGUUGGAAAGUAGGCGAGAGGCGAUCGUCAAAGAGGACAAUGAGAAAUAUUCAGAAGUUAAGAAAGACCUCCUGAGAAGACACAAAAUGUUACAGGAAUCUUUUCAAAAACUGAUCUGUGAGAAUGAGAGCGCUCCUGAAAUGGAACGUCUGGACCCAUCAGAGUUCGUUUUGGAUGUAGAGGAUCAGAGAAGACUCCAAGCCCUACACGAGGAAGAGGUGUUAAAGGCGAGGGCUGAAACUGAGUGGAGAAUUCUCACCAACUACUACCAUCGAGACAGAUUGAAGAAGAUUGGCUGGGAUAGCUUGAAGGUCAAAGGCAGAUCUGUUAAGGCAUUUCAAUCAGGCUAUGAGGUGAAGAAUUACCCGCUGAGAGAGCGCACCGAACAGGAAUUGGAGGACCUACGCAGAGUUGAGCAGCAGAGGCGGAUCGAACAAGCCCUAUGCACUGACGGAGAGGAGAAAGGCCCGGGUACGGACGUGAAGAGCAGUCUCUCCUAUGAGUUUGAUUGUUCCAGUCCAUACAUGUACAAUCAGUUUGAAGUGCGGAGUCGAGAGCAGAAAGUCAACCAGAUCAUUCUGCUUCAGGACCUGAUCUACAAAGUCAAAACAGCUUUUAAUAAAGACUUUGACGCGACACACAAACAGAAAUUAUAUGAGCUGAAGAGUAUUGGCCAAAGGAACAGUCGCAUCAAGGAGAUCAUGGCGGAGCUGGGGCUGCAGGAGGAGAUCUUUGAGCCCAGUCUCAGCGACUCCGAGUGCCCAGAGAAACUGCUCACGGUCCAGGACUCGGAGAUCACAUCUGAGAAAUACCUCACCCCAGAGCAAAAAGAAGAGCAGCUGAAAAAGUUGGAAGCGGAGAGACAUUUGGCUUCCAAGGGAAAUAAUUAUCGGGAUAAAACUCUGGACGACAUGAUGGGCGGCGGGCUGCAAGUGCAGAAACAGGACAUAUUGAAAAUGGAAAUUCCUCCUCCGGAGUUUGUUUUGACCAAACCUGAAGUCCAGUGGAGCGAAGAAGAGAAUAAGGUGCACAAGGAGUACCAGAAGAAGUUGGACGAGUUGAAUGAAGCAAAAGAGCAGUACAGAAAACUUAUAGAGUCGGAGAUUAAAAAACUGCAGCUGGCGAACCAAGAAGGCGUCAAUAAGUUUGAUGAAACAAUGGCAAAGCUGUUUGAGAAGCAAGAGAAAUGUGAAAUGGCUGUUAAUCAGGAAGAGUUGAAAAUUGCCUGCCUGGUCCAUUCCCUGCAUGUGGAAGAAGAGAUGAUAAAUCGAGAGGCAGAACUCAAGUCCAGACUUGAACAAGUGCUGACACACAAGGAUGACAUCUCAGAAGAGGUGAGGAAAUGCCAAGAAGAGGUGGAUAACUUUCAAACCGUCUACAAGACUACAGUCGCUGAGGACCAAGGUCUGGACAAAGAAUUCCACAAAGAGUUCUGUGACGUCCCCAGACAUUUUGUCGACGAACUCCACAAAUUGUUCAAGCGCAGACCCAGGGCCCAAAAGAUGAGGGCACAGGUCACUAAAACCCCCAUCCCAUUCAAAGAGCCGUGCUUGUCUGGUUCCAUGGCAACGGAGAGUCUUGGGAAGCUGAUGAAGAGCGUGGAUGAGAUGGACUCGCCCCAAAAUAUGCCCGAAAAACUGCAUCCAGCCGUCUGGGAACGCUUCUGCAUUUUCCGAAGAAACAAACUGGAAAAAGAGCACGAGGUCAAAAUGAACGCACUCACGCUGGCUGAGAUGAUCGCAUUCCUUCAAGCGAGGAAAGACGAGGAGAAAGCCGUCAUAGAGGAAUACCAGACCAUGUCAGAGGAGCUCAAGAGAUUGCACCAGGUGAAGAACCGCUUCAUUAUGGACCUGAACGUCCAGGUCCUGCUGAAACAAGGCCAAGUGGAGGUCUCCAACACAAAAUUCUCAGGCCAAUACGCAGACUCCAUACUGCUGCCAAGAAGUGUGGUGGAAGACCUGAACAGAACCAUCAGGACGAUUGGAGAAAGCAAGAUUUCAGCCAUGGUGGAACGCAAGAACUUGGGCAAAGAUAUCCUUCAGCAGGAGUGGGAGCUCAAAAGGAACAGGAUGCACAUUGAGGAUCUGGAGAAUAAAGCCAGAGACAUUCAAACGCUGAGGAUUUCUGCGGAUCAAAAGGAGUAUCUAAACAGUACCGAUCGAGAGGGCCGAGCGUCGAAGCAAGUCGCUGUUAUGGAAAAAACUUUAGCUUAUCAAAAACAGUGUCAUCUAAAAAACGUGGAGCACCGCAAGAAAAAGAUAAAACAGCUGAAACACCAGGCCAAACAGACGUCAGACAAAACCGCAGUGUUGGAAACCCAGAUAGCGGAGGCAGAGGUCCGAGUGGCUGCGAAGGAACAAAUCCAAGCCAUAAUCGCUACAGAUAACCCAGCCACAGAAGAUGAAGAGCGGUAUCUGGAGAUAGUUCAGAGGAGCCAGCUGAAGGCCCUGGCUGAGGCGCAGACCAAGCAGCUGGAGCUGCUGAGGGCAGAGGUGGAACGUCUCCGGAACAAGAACUUCCCCUCGCUCUCCCAGCUGCCGCACAACUGA